UGGCAACUACCUGGUGCGCGUGCGCGCGCAGGUGAUGUCUCGCGACGACAGCUCGGGCGGGUGGGUGCCGCUGGGCGGCGGCGGCCUCAGCAACGUGUCGGUGCGCAAGAGGCCGCGCCCGCCGCAGCCGCCCCCGGGGCAGGGGGGGCAGCCGCCGCCCCCCUGCCCCGCCGCCGCCCCCGACAAGCCGAAGCACGACUAUCUCAUCUACGGCAAGCGGAUCAGCGAUAACUCGGUGGUCCUGAGUUGCACGAUAAAGAAGGACUUCGAGUACAACAAGGUGAUGCCAACUUUUCACCACUGGAAAACCGGCGACAAAAAGUUCGGGCUGACUUUCCAGGCGGCCGCCGACGCCCGCGCCUUCGACAAGGGCGUCCGGACGGCCGUCGAGGAUCUGCUAGACGGUUUUGUGGAUACCUCUCCUUUAUCGCUGCUGCCAAAUUGUACAAAAGAUGUUGGUGAUGAUGACGUUUUCAUGACAUUAGAUCUUCCUCAAGAUCCCAAAGACUCCCGAAGCUCUAGCGAUUCCAGCACAAAGGGCACGGAACAUCUCCACAGGAUAACUUACAUAGGCGGGGGUAGGGACAAGCCUAUCGAGAAUCGGCAGCCUACUUACGAUCCCAAUAAGGGAGCCAAAGACCCGGCGGUGGGUCCGGCUGGCGGCGAGACGUACCCGUACGUGCAGCUGACGGCGGUGCACGAGUACGUGUACCCGAGCGAGGAGCGCGGCAGACAGCGGCCGCGAGCCGAGCAGCCGCCCGCGCUCGCCCGUCGCGACUCCGCGGGCAGCAUCAAGAAGGGCGGCGUCGGCAUGGAGAUGGCCGUCGUGCAACAGCAGCCGCCCCUACCGCUCAAAGGUAAAAAGGGCAAAGUCCAGAUCCGCUGCCGCCACUGCCAGGAACUCUACACGGAAGAGCACAACCCGCGAGGGGCGUGCGAGUACGCUCCUGACGGCGCACGCGCCUGCAUCAACCGCGUCACGUGCUUCGGGUGCGCGCAGUGCGUCGACUACCACUGCGCCUCCGACCAGGAGGGCGACACGGCGCAGCAUCCGUGCGACUGCGCAGGCGCCGGCGACGAGAACUGCGCGCGCCGCUGGUGCUGUCUGGCGCUGCUGUCGCUCUUCGUGCCCUGUCUGUGGCUCUAUCCGCCCCUCAAGAUGUGCCAUUGGUGCGGCAUCAAAUGCGGCUUAUGCGGCGGCAGGCACGCCAUGUGAUCCGAGGGGAGCGUUGCGGUUGCGCGGUAUUAGGCGGACAGUUUUCUCAUUCGUCGAAUCGGUUUGCGUCCUUUUUCUUCUUGUUCUUUUCUCCUUCUUUCUUUUUUCUCUCGUGGGGAGUUUGCGGGGAUCGUCCGGGCCACGAUUGA